GCUCUAUCAUCUUCAAGCCUCAAGUUGAAAGACGGUCUCUCUUUUCUCUGUGAGUUUCGUAGGGUUAGGGUUUUAAGGGUAAAGCAUCCUCCAACAUGCAAUACAUGGAUCCAACUAAGAAACGCAAGUUAGAUGAAAACGGUACUGUUUCAGCGCAGUCGGAACCUGACCCUAUCACCAAACUAACCCCACAAGAUGGCCGCAAACUUAUUGAGCGAUUCACCGUCGACCAACUCCUCGACAUCCUCCAAGACGCCGUUUGUCGUCACGUCGACGUUCUUUCAGCCGUUCGAUCUAUUGCCGAUCAAGAUCCGUCUCAACGGAAGCUCUUCAUACGUGGGUUGGGUUGGGAUACCACAACUGAUGGCCUUCGUUCACUCUUUUCGGUAUAUGGAGAACUUGAAGAAGCGGUUGUUAUCCUCGACAAGACUACCGGGAAAUCGAAAGGGUACGGAUUUGUUACGUUUAAGCACGUAGAUGGUGCUUUGCUUGCUCUUAAAGAACCCAGUAAGAAAAUCGACGGGAGAGUCACCGUGACACAGCUGGCGGCGGCAGGGAAUUCGGCGACGAAUAGUAACCCGGUGGAUAUUCAUAUGAGGAAGAUUUAUGUAGCCAAUGUACCGUAUGAUAUGCCGGCGGAUAAGUUAUUGGGCCAUUUUUCUCAGUAUGGGGAAAUAGAAGAGGGGCCCUUGGGGUUCGAUAAGCAGACGGGGAAAUCAAGGGGUUUUGCUCUUUUCGUUUAUAAGACAGCAGAAGGGGCUCAGGCAGCGUUAGCGGAGCCUGUAAAGAACAUUGAUGGGAGACAAAUGAAUUGUAAGCUGGCUAUUGAAGGGAAAAAAGGGAAGCAAGGACAAGACGGGAUGAUGCAAAGUGGCGGUGGGGUUCCGGGAAACGCAGAGAUGGGAAUGGGAGGACAUGGUGGAGGAUAUGGUGGGCCGGGAGGUUAUGGUGGGUUUUCAGGUGGGAUGCAAGGGCCGCCUGGUCCUAUGGGUCAUCCUCAUCCCUUGAAUUCAUCAGGAGUUGGAGUGGGCGCUUUGAGUGGAAAUGGCGGUGUUGCUGCUGGGGGUUAUUCUGGACUUGGUGGGCCGUAUGGUGGGUAUGGUGGACAAGGUUCAACUGGCUAUGGUGGACCAGGAUCAGCUGGCUAUGGCGGACCAGGUUCAACUGUUUAUGGUGGGUUGACUGGUGCUGGUGCGGGGGGUGGGUUGGGUGCUGCAAGUGGAGGGUCUUCAUUGUAUAGAAUGCCGCCGAGUUCAGCUGGGAUGCCAACUGGUGGUUAUCCAGAGACUGCUCAUUAUAGCUUGUCUUCCUCGGCUGCUUUCCCUAGUCAGCUUCACCAAGGGGCUGGGACAUCCCCUGCGCCAAGAGUUCCACCCGGUGCAAUGUAUCCCAAUGGGCCACCGUUCUACUGAGGUUUAUGACAGCUUGUUGGGCGCAGAUGCUUUUUGUGGUUCUGGUGAUUGCCUGAAUGCAGACUAUAUAUACUCUGGCUUGAUGAAUGCAUUAGCUGGGCUCUUACAGCCACUUCUCUUGAUUUGCUCCUUUAAGAUGUUUGUUUCUGAGUGCUGGUUGGCAAAACAUGUGAUCUAGACUAGUUUUUCUGUGUUCCGUUAGGAACUCUUGUUCCAGUGGUACCUUUUAGUUAUUAGUAUAUUUUUUUAAUAAUACAAGUAGUGACAGUUUUUUGCCUA